UGUAUGUGUGUGUGUGUGUUGUUUGUUUUUGUGUGAGGUGCUGGAAGGUACUAAAUUGGCUACGAUACGAAUAAUCACAUAAAUAAGUACGCAAUAGCCGGUUAACUACUGCUGCAGCUGUGGGAUAAAGCGACCGAACCUCCCACCACCACGAGAAUACGCCGGACGGGCCAACGACGCACACAUCGUACACAGGCGGGCACACACACAUACCGACGGAUCCAGAUACAGGGCCUGAUCAACGGGGCUGAUUGGUGUACGGCGCGGUGCGGUGCGAGACGGGGACAUUUCCACUCAUAAAGACGCAUAGCUCUCGCGCAACCGCAAUUUGCAAAUGUACGCGGUUCAGUCGUGCACGUUCCUCUGCCACAGUUUCAGUCACAGUUGAGCAUUGUCCGGGUCUUGUCCGUACCAAUCGCGGGUGUGUUAGAGCGUCAAGUUGUACGGUAAAAGGGAAUUUAGAGAGUUAAUUGUUUGGUUAGCGAGUUCAGUUUGUUUUUGGUUUGGUUCAGCGUAAAGCGUACGUGAUUCUUGUUCGGCAUUCGGCACCAGUUUCUAGUUCAAGGCCAAGGGUAAAACAUCAAACUCUAAUCUCCACGGUAACAGGGCAAGGUUGUGCGUGUGUUUAUAGAUUUUUUGGUUGUAGCAGUAGCGGAGAGGGCACAAUGGCGCAGCAAGUGCAGCACGUAUUCAAGGCCACACUGGCCAAAACGGCGGGCCAAAGGGCGAUGUCUACCGGAAUCAUCGGCGCGUUGGAUGGUGGUUCGGCGGCGAAGAAGACCGCAACACAAUCGUCCGGACUGCACAUGUCCGUGCAGCGCAGCUAUCCGCUGGCGGCCGCACUUCCACUUCCCCCGAACAUCGAUGCAUCGGAAACGAGACGCUUUUCGCCGUUGCGCUCGCGCGACAUUAACGCGACGGCGCUGCUGACGCACCAAUCGUACGCACCGAACGCCGGGCUGAUCGACGUAACGGUGGACAUGAGCAAUGGUGGCCAGCAGGGUGCGGUCGAUCCGCACGUCGAAUCGUACGACUGUACCGGCGCGGUCAGCCUGAACUCGUCGAUGCAGAGCAACGUGCCGAGCCCGUUCGGCGGCAUGCACAAAUUUACGCAUCUGAACAUGCCUGGCGGUGCCUGGGCGCAGGAGAGCAAGUUCCUGUCGCACGAGCUGAACUCGUCGCACUACACCAACCUGCGGCAGGAGGUGCGCUCCGACUGGAGCAGCUACGAGGACCGUCCGAUCAAGACGGAAGGUACGCAGCAGCACCAGCUGGUAGCGGGUGGUUUGUUGGCACGCUCGCGCUCAUGGCCGGGGGGUGUGCAGUUAGGGUCGGGGGGAUCGGUCAAUUCGUUUUCCAGCGGUAGUAGUAGUAGGGCCUUUUCGCUAAGCUCGUCACACCUAUUGGCAGUUUCGUUUGCACGCUCUAACAAAGCUUCUGCUAGUGGCAGUGCAGGGGAGCAAAAUUCUGAGGGAAAGGGUGUGGCUAAUGAGGAACAGGUUGUCCCCGUCUCGCGCAAAGAUCGGCUCAAGAAGGCGAUCAAGGAGUACGGCUCCACCGUGCUCGUGUUCCACGUCAGCAUUAGUCUGGCGUCGCUGGGCACCUGUUAUCUGCUGGUAUCGAGCGGAAUAGAUAUGGUGUCGCUGUUGGAACGCAUGGGCUGGGGCGAUUCGGCGUUGGCCAGCAAGGCGGGUGCCGGCGCCGGCACGUUCGUCAUCGCUUACGCCAUCCACAAGGUGUUUGCGCCGGUGCGCAUCAGCAUCACGCUCGGUGCGACACCGCUCAUCGUGCGCUACCUGCGCCGGAAGGGCAUCCUGAAGCCACCAGCCGGCAGCUCGUCGUCCCCAGCAUCAUCGAAGCCGACUGAACAAUCUUAGGAAUAGGACAUUCACCAUUAAGCUGUGCUUUGGGCUGUUCGAGAGCGCUUAGCGGAGGCGGAGAGAGUGAGAGUUUGAGAAUGGGAUAGAGAGUGUAUAUUUUUAUAUUUGAAAAACAUUUGCAAUUAUUCUGUUACGCAUUCAGCAAUAAUAAAAAAAGCUAUCAUAGCAGUAGGUGCCGUACCAACGCACAAAGGUGCUGGUUUAAAUAUA